AUGAAGCCAGUAGAGAGCCUCGUACUGCCUUUCAUCGAGGUGGUCGAGGAGCCGAUUGAGCACUUGCUGCAGCUAGACAGGAUCGUUGUGGGCAUCACUCUGGAGGGGGAGGGGUGGGAGGGGGUUCUAGGCAGUGACAUUGCCACCGCGCUGCAAGAGCACCGGACGCCCCAUCCUGACCCAGCGGAUGGGCGUCGGCUGCCCUUUUACGUCUGGCUGCGCGAGUCAGGCUUUGAGAUGGUCGAGCUGCCCCGGCUGGCCUUCGACUGUCGCGUAGAGGUCCACCGGAUCGGUUUUGUCGAUGAGCCGAUGCAGCGACGGAUCACUGACUACUUCUCUGCUUCUCACAGCCAGUGAUGAGACAGAC